GACAGACGUGGAGGGGCGGGGCUAACACGCAUCAUCACACACUGAUCUGUUGUUGUUCCGCUCGACACCUAAGCUAACGGCUAACAGCUAACACAAACCGACAAGAUGGAGCAACGCUCGCGCUGCUAACCUCUCGCCCGAUUCCGGUAGUUAGCUCGUGUCAGCUGAGUGUAACCCGGGUCAGCUGAGAGGAACCUGGGCCGGCUGUGAAUAAUCCGGGUUAGCCGUCCCUGUCCGGGCUUAGUGUCCUUGUUGUGGAGGAGGACGGGUUCGCUAACCGCUUAGCUCCGUUAGCAUGUUCAGCUAAGCGGCCAGUGUUGUUAACGUUAGCUUCUUUAGCUGUUAGCUUCUAGUGAAUAACCCGGCAGUUAGCGUGUGUUCUUACUGUAUUCCGUUAUAUUUCUCAUUCUAACACCGUUCCGUGUCCCGGGUUGUUGUCCCGGGAUGUGUCGCCGUGCAAAAACCGACACUGUGGAGCUAACGGUUAGUCUCAGCUAACGUUAGCCGUUAGCCGGAGCUAACGGGAGUCUUUGUUUGGAUGGUGGAGCAGCGUUAGCUCGGACCGUUAGCCUCGUUAGCUUCGUCCGAGUAAAGAGAGACAUCGAUGCUAAGCUAACAGAUGUGUCAGCAGUUUCUGGGAAGAUUUCAGUGUUUUGUUUUGUUUUUUGACGCGUGUCUGACAUGCAGCUGUCAGCUCCUCCAGCUGUCCAUUGACCUUCAUCAUCAUCAUCAUCAUGGCCGCUAGAUCAGGCUGCAAGUGUGCUGUGUACCUGCUCGUUCUGUCAGGAUGCAUCACUGCGUCUCAGAGGAACGACAAUGUCUACGUCUCAGGGAUCUCUAACGCCUGUGGGGAUGUGGCAGAGCUGCUGCGAGCGUCCAGCGGUGUCAUCACCAGUCCUGGUUGGCCCUUCCAGUACCCGGCUCGUCUCAACUGCAGCUGGAACAUCAGAGCCAGACCAGGGGACACCGUCACCAUCAGCUUCCAGGACUUUGACCUGCAGGGGUCUCACCGCUGCUCAUCAGACUGGAUGUCCAUCAGCAGCUACAGGAGUCUGGACGGUCUGAGGGUCUGUGGCUCCGCCCUGCCUCCACCCUACAUCUCCACCCAGGACCAUGUGUGGAUCCACUUCCACUCUGACGACAGUCUGACGGGGAAGGGCUUCAGACUGUCCUACGUCACAGGUAAACCAGAGGCAUCCAGCUGUGACGUGGACCAGUUCCACUGCUCCAACGGGAAGUGUGUCCCGGACUGGUGGCGCUGUAACUCGAUGGACGAGUGCGGCGACAACUCUGACGAGGAGCUGUGUGUGGAGUCGCCCUUCUCCUUCCAGCCCUGCAGCCUGAACCAGUUCCCCUGCCUGUCCCGCUACACCCGCAUCUACACCUGCCUGCCGCACAGCCUGCGCUGCGAUGGCAGCAUCGACUGCCAGGACCUGGGCGACGAGAUUGACUGUGACGUCCCAACCUGCGGAGAGUGGCUGAGGAACUUCUACGGCUCUUUCAGCUCGCCAAACUACCCCGACUUCUACCCUCCAGGAAGUAACUGCACCUGGCUGAUCGACACCGGCGACCACAGGAAGGUCAUCCUGAGGUUCACGGACUUCAAACUGGAUGGGACCGGUUAUGGCGACUACGUGAAGGUCUACGAUGGUCUGGAGGAGAACCCUCGCCGUCUCCUCAGGGUGCUGACCGCCUUCGACUCCAGGGCGCCGGUGGCCGUGGUGUCAUCGUCCGGUCAGCUCCGAGUUCACUUCUACGCCGACAAGAUCAACGCAGCCAGAGGGUUCAACGUCACCUACCAGGUGGACGGUUUCUGCCUGCCGUGGGAGGUUCCGUGUGGGGGGAACUGGGGCUGUUACACGGAGCAGCAGCGCUGUGAUGGGUACUGGCACUGUCCCAACGGUCGAGACGAGCUCAACUGUUCAACGUGUCAAGAGGACGAGUUCCCAUGUUCUAGAAACGGAGCGUGUUACCCUCGAUCAGACCGCUGCAACUACCAGAACCGCUGCCCCAACGGUUCUGACGAGAAGAACUGCUUCUUCUGUCAGCCGGGGAACUUCCACUGCAAGAAUAACCGCUGUGUGUUUGAGUCAUGGGUGUGUGAUGCUCAGGACGACUGCGGCGACGGCAGUGAUGAGGAGAGCUGUCCUGUCAUCGUCCCCACCAGAGUCAUCACUGCUGCCGUCAUCGGCAGCCUCAUCUGCGGCCUCCUGCUGGUCAUCGCCCUCGGCUGCACCUGUAAACUCUACUCGCUGCGCAUGUUCGAACGGAGAUCAUUUGAGACGCAACUGUCCAGAGUGGAGGCGGAGCUACUGAGGAGGGAAGCCCCGCCCUCUUAUGGUCAGCUGAUUGCCCAGGGCUUGAUCCCGCCUGUGGAGGAUUUCCCAGUGUGCUCCGGGAGCCAGGCGUCCGUCCUUGAGAACCUCCGUCUGGCUGUCCGAUCUCAGCUCGGCUUCACCUCCCUCAGACUGCCAUCCUCCGGUCGUCAUAGUAACCUGUGGCGCCGUCUCUUCACCUUCUCGCGGUCUCGGCGGUCUGGAUCAUUGGCUCUGGUGUCAGCUGACCUGGAGGACAGCGCCGGGACAGGGAGCACUGGGAGUUCUGGUUCAGACCUGCUGUCUCCGGACUCUGACGACACAGACACUGAGGGCGAGAGGGGGCGGGACCGAGGCAUGGGUGCAGUGGGCGGGUCUGUCGCCCCUAUCCCCCAGAAGACCCCACCCUCCACUGCCGUAGAGGCCGUGGUGUCUGUGACGACGUCCUCAACCUCCGUGACGCCGACACCCGUCUGCGACCGAGGCCAUGACAGGCCCAGAGAGGCCCUGCCCCCCUCCAGCCCCGUCACCGUGGUAACCUCCAGCCCAGAUCCCGAAUGUCACAGCGACGCCUCCGAGCUCCAGACUCCGCCCACCUCCGCCCUGCAGCGGCUGGCCCAGAACCUGCACCGCCUCGCCAGAAACCUGACCAGAGCCAGCCAGAACCAGCAGGACCACACCUGGACCAAUCACAGCCCACUGCGCCAGCUGGAGACAGGAAGAGGCGGGGCUGAGGCCGUGGAGCAGCGAGGAAACAGAGAAGAAGAAGAAGACGUGGAGCUCCUGAUCCCCGUCUCCGACUCUGACUCCUCGUCCUCCUCACUGAUCAGCGACGUCCGGCAGCCGCUGCUGGAGCCACACCCCUCCACCACCGGCCACGUCCCCCAUCACCACCGUGGAAACGGUUGUCGAGGAGGGCGGGACGGCCCCUGUGAACACUGUGGGAUGGUCCACACGGCUCAGAUCCCCGACGCCUGUCUGGAGGCCACGGGCAAGACGGAGAGCAGUGACGACGAACUGCUGCUGCUCUGCUAACAGGAUGACAGGCAGGCUAACACGCUAACAGGCAGGCUAACACUUCAGACUGGACUAUAAUUACCUAACUAGAGUCAUGAAGCUAACACUACAACUAGCUAACAGGUUAAAUAUUCAGACUGGACUACAACUAGUUAACAGGCUAACUCUUCAGAGAGGACAAUAAUUUGUGAACAGGCUAACACUUCAGACUGGACUACAACCAGCUAAAAUACAUACACUUCAGACUGGACUACAAUAGCUAACAGGCUACCUCUUCAGACUGAACUACAACUAGCUAACAGGUUAACACGUCAGACUGGAAUAUAUCUAGCUAAUAGGCUAAGAUUUCGGACUGGACUACAAUUAGCUAAUAGGCCAACAUUUCAGACUGGACUCCAACCAGCUAAAAUACAUACACUUCAGACUGGACUACAAUAGCUAACAGGCUAACUCUUCAGACUGAACUACAAUUAGCUAACAAGCUGACGCUUCAGAUUGGACUACAGCUAGCUUAGAGGCUAUCUCUUCAGACUGAACUACAACUAGCUAACAGGUUAACAUGACAGACUGGACUAUAUCUAGCUAAUAGGCUAAGAUUUCGGACUGGACUACAACUAGCUAAAAUGCAUACAUUUCAGAUGGGACUACAGUUAGCUAACAGGCUAACAUUUCAUGCCAUAAUACAGUUAGCUAACAUGCAUCUAGUGCAGGCUGGACUACAACUAGCUAACAGGCUAACACUUCAGUCCAGACUAAAGCUAGCUGACAGGCUAACAUUUUCAGGCCAGAAUACAAACACUUGAGACUGGACUACAGCUUGCUAAUUGGAGUCAUGAAGCUACACUACAACCAACUAACCGGCCAACAAUUUAGACUGGACUACAGUUAGCUAACUGGAGUCAUGAUGCUAACACUAUAGCCACACCUGUUAGCAUGUUAGCUAGGUUAAAGAUUAGCUCUCAGUGAUGUCAGCGCUGAUAAGACCAAUCAGAUGCCAGGGGUGUGAUGAUGUUACUGGUUGGAUUCAGAUGUCGGUACGGUUUUAACUCCACUGUUGUUUCCCUCGAUGCAUCCGUUAAAAGGUUCCCCUACUCCCCAGCUUGAUGAUACGACUGUGAAUGGAGUCCUGACACAACAGACUUAUCAGAGGAACCUUCUGUGGGUGCCACACUUUAAAGGAUUCUCUCUUUGUUUCUGAGGAGGGUCAUGUGACCAGAGGGGUGGAGGUGCCUUGUUACUGUUAGCGUGACCUUGAAGAGCUGAUCCACGGGUAGCAGCUAGCAGGCUAGUUUCUGUUAGCAUCACCUAAAGAGCUGAUCCACAGGUAGCAGCUAGCAGGCUAAUAUCUGUUAUCUGUGUAACCUGAAGAGCUGAUCCACAGGUAGCAGGUAGCAGACUAGUUUCUGUUAGCAUCACCUGAAGA